GCCAGCUGGAAAACCUGAAGGGGCGGCGGCCAGGCCUCCCUCGCCGCCGGGCGGGGCUCCCCUCGAGAGGCUGUGGGCCAAGCUCCCCAGCACACUCAGCCCCGGACGGGAGGCAGACAGCCAGACAGACGGACACACAUCUCGGCCCCUGGCACGACCGGCCCCUCCCAGGAAGAUGCAGGUGCUCAUGAUGCUGCUCGCUGCAGGCGGCACCUACCUGGGCCUGCUGACAGCAGCUACAGCCGCCUCGAACCCUGGCCGACAGGAAACCCCCAGCACGCUACCCCUUCACCGGCGCCAGAAGAGAGACUGGAUCUGGAACCAGAUGCACAUCGACGAAGAGAAAAACGGCUCGCUGCCCCAUUACGUGGGCAAGAUUAAAUCCAGCGUGAACCACAAGAACACCAAGUACCAGCUCAAAGGCGAGUCCGCCGGCAAGGUCUUCCGGGUGGAUGAGAACACGGGGGAUGUGUACGCCUUCGAGAGGCUGGACAGGGAGAAGAUCCCUGAGUACCAGCUCGUCGCCCUCGUGGUGGACAAGAACACUGAGAAGAACCUGGAGUCUCCUUCCAGUUUCACCAUCAAAGUUCACGAUAUCAACGACAACUGGCCUGUGUUCACACAGCUCGUGUUCAACGCCUCCGUGCCUGAGAUGUCAGUGAUAGGGACCUCGGUCAUCCAGUUGACAGCAGUAGACGCAGAUGACCCCACGGUGGCAGACCACGCCUCUGUCAUAUACCGGCUCAAGGAGGGAGAAGAACACUUCCGCAUCCGUGGUCCUGGUCUCAUUGAAACAGCCAGCAAAAACCUGGACCGAGAGACAGUGCCCAUGUACAAGAUCGUGGUGGAAACACAAGAUGCCCAGGGCCUCCGUGGGGACUCGGGCACAGCCACCGUGUUCAUCACUCUGCAGGACGUCAACGACAACUUCCCCGUCUUCACCCAGACCAGGUACACAUUUUCUGUGCCUGAAGACAUCCGUGUGGGCAGCCCACUGGGCUCUCUGUUUGUCAAGGACCCAGACGAGCCCCAAAACCGGAAAACCAAGUACAGCAUCGUGCAGGGCGAGUACAGGGACACCUUCACCAUCGAGCCGGACCCCACCCGCAACGAGGGCAUCAUCAAGCCCAUGAAGCCCCUGGACUAUGAACGCAUCCAGCAAUACAGCUUCACCAUCGAGGCCACAGACCCCACCAUCGACCUCCGCUACCUGAGUGGCACCUCCACCAAGAACAUCGCCCGUGUCAUCAUCAACGUCACAGACGUGGACGAGCCCCCCAACUUCAAGCAGCCCUUCUACCACUUCCAGCUACGGGAGAAUGAGAAGAAACCUUGGAUCGGCUCAGUGCUGGCCGUGGACCCGGACGCUGCUCAGCGGAGCAUCGGAUACUCCAUCCGCAGGACCAGUGACAAGGGCCAGUUCUUCGGAAUAAACAAGCACGGGAAUAUUUACAAUGUGAAAGAACUGGACAGAGAAGUCUACCCCUGGUAUAACCUGACAGUGGAGGCCAAAGAGCUGGAUUCUAGGGGCACCCCCACGGGCAAGGAAUCCAUUGUGCAGGUCCACAUUGAAGUUCUGGAUGAGAACGACAACGCCCCGGAGUUUGCCAAGCCCUAUGAGGCCAAAGUGUGUGAGGACGCCCCCCAGGGCAAGCUGGUUGUGCAAAUUUCAGCAAUAGACAAGGAUGUAACACCACGAGAUGUGAAGUUCAAGUUCUCCCUGAGCACUGAGGACAGCAACUUCACCCUCACGGAUAAUCACGAUAACACAGCCAACAUCACAGUCAAGCACGGGUAUUUUGACCGGGAACGUGCCAAGGUCCACCACCUUCCCAUACUCAUCUCGGACAACGGGAGGCCGAGCCUCACAGGCACCAGCACGCUGCACGUGACCGUGUGCAAGUGCAACGAGCGGGGCGAGUUCACCUUGUGCGAGGAGAUGGGUGCCCAAGUGGGCGUCAGCAUCCAGGCCCUGGUAGCCAUCUUCCUCUGCAUCCUCACCAUCGCAGUGAUCUCCCUCCUCGUGUACCUGCGGCGGCGUCUCCGGAAGCAGGCUCGCGCCCAUGGCAAGAGCGUGCCGGAGAUCCACGAGCAGCUGGUCACCUACGACGAGGAGGGCGGCGGCGAGAUGGACACCACCAGCUACGACGUCUCGGUCCUCAACUCGGUGCGCCACGGUGGGGCCAAGCCCCCGCGGCCAGCGCUGGAUGCGCGACCAUCCCUCUACGCGCAGGUGCAGAAGCCGCCGCGUCACGCACCCGGGGCACAUGCGCCAGGGGAGAUGGCGGCGAUGAUCGAGGUGAAGAAGGAUGAGGCGGACCAUGACGGCGGCGGCCCUCCCUACGACACGCUGCAUAUCUACGGCUACGAGGGCGCUGAGUCCAUCGCCGAGUCCCUCAGCUCCUUGGGCACCGACUCAUCCGACUCUGACAUCGAUUAUGACUUCCUCAAUGACUGGGGGCCCAGGUUCAAGAUGCUGGCCGAGCUGUACGGCUCAGACCCCCGAGAGGAGCUGCUGUAUUAGGAGACCCAAACCACCGCGGCUUAGGCUAGUCAGACAUGAGGCACUGAGCCCUUGAAUUAGCACUCAUGCCCCAGCCUAAGAGCCCUUCCUCCUGGGUCCCAGAGACCUCAUCACCUUGGGUAGCACAACCAAGUCCCUGAAAUGUCCAGGAACAUCUUUCAGCAACGGCUACUCACAAAAUGCUGGAAAAUCCAGGAUGGUGUUCUGUCUGGGGCUGGGCAUCCUGUCACCCGGGACCCAGGGUCCAACUCAAGGCUUUCUCUGGCUCCUCAAAGCAGCUUAUUAUUGACUUCCAAGGGGAAUUCUUCCUCUGAGGUCUGAGAGCCUCAUGGGAAGGUCCUGGUGCCUGUCAGCCUGGAAGCAAAGGGCGGGCUGGCGCAACCAUGGGGCAAGACUCUGCAGCCUAGUGCCACAGGCGACUGGGUCCACCCAUCACACCAGCCCUGCUUCAGCUUCCUCACACCCUCCAGAGUCCCCACCACUCCUCAGCCUCUCCUCAGACCUGUCAAGAGGGAGGAAGGGCCCCUGACAGUUCCUGUGGUGACCUUGCUGGCCUGCCACGCUUGUAACUAUGCUGUACUGAGUGUUGACAACUCAUCCAAAGUCAGGGAAAUGGUUUGUUGAACUUCAAAGCAACUGUGAAUUCAUCCUGGAGGGAUAGUGGAGACCAAGUGUGACAGAUCAUAGGGUGAGGGCCACUCCCACUCCCUCCAGAGAGGGCCUGGAGUCACUGUGACCCCAACUUGAGACUCAUGACACCGCUCCAGUUUUGCCUGGCAAGUGGGGCCGAUGUUCCCAGAGCAGAAGACCUCUGCCCAUCUCCCCUGGACACUCGCUCAUGCUCUUUUCCUUUUCUCUCCAUCCAGUCUUGAUCUCUUGACUUAGAGGCCCUCAAGAUGUGACCCACAUCAACUCUGGCCAAAGUCCAAACCCAAACAUGACUGCAUAACAGAGCUGUGCCAUUUGCCUUUACACCUCAUCAUGGCCACAUCUCAGGGAACCCCAGCAGGGCCUCAUUCCUGCAGGGGGCAAGGCCCCUGCCCAAGCCCUGCAGUCACCCAUGCAUGUCGCACUUACGGAACUUUCCACUGCAAACACACCUCUGGGAAAUGGCUUCACUCAACAGGAGGGGAUGGGGAAGGAAGCAAACUCUUCAACGCACCCUUUGACAUGAACUAAGUUUCCUGCUUUGGGAAAGGCUCCCCCCACAAUUCAGGGGACUGUAGAUAACACUGACUUUUUGCUUUUAACUAAUAACUACUUUUUCACUUUUUUAACUAAUAAUACUUACACAUUUCUAGCUCUCACAAAUAGAAUGAGGAUUUUUUGCAUAAUGAGCUGGUUGCUAUUUAGGUUAACAACUUAAAUUCAGGUUUUUUAGUUGGAUAAACCAAUUCCUAUAACCUUCUAUUUCCUAUCAUUGUGGUAAUUGCUUUAAUGAUAAUGACUAUAUAUAUAUUGGCUACACGAAUGCAUGGGACAUACUGUAUUUUUUAUAUAAUGA